GAGGAUGAACGGCGGGGAGAGCGCGCUGCUGCGGUCCGCGCGGCAGAGCAUCAUCUCGUGCAACGAGCCGAACUGCACGGCGCGAGGAACAGACACCCUGGAGCUGUCAGCAGCAUCCGCGUGGAGCGCCAACGGUUCGGCUGUGGAUGCUUACCGGCUCUUGAAGCUCCAUCUUCCCGCCUCAGCUGCCCCGACGGUGGCAAUGGCGGCCGAGGCCCCUAAUCCCUUCCCCACAGUGGAUGUGCCCGACCAUGCCCAUUACACCAUCGGAUCUGUUAUUCUUGCCAUCGGCAUCACGGGCAUGGUCGGCAACUUCCUGGUCAUAUACGCCUUCUGCAAGAGUCGCAGCCUGCGGACGCCGGCAAACAUGUUCAUCAUUAACCUGGCAGUCACAGACCUGCUGAUGUGUGUCACCCAGUCACCCAUCUUCUUCACUACCAGCAUGCACAAGAGGUGGAUCUUUGGAGAGAAAGGUUGCGAGCUUUAUGCGUUCUGUGGCGCUCUCUUCGGGAUCUGCUCCAUGAUCACGCUGAUGGUGAUCGCCAUAGACCGUUACUUCGUGAUCACGCGACCUCUGACCUCCAUCGGCAAGUUGUCAAGGAAACGGGCUUUACUCAUCCUCCUUGCAGCCUGGACCUACUCUCUGGGCUGGAGCCUGCCGCCCUUCUUCGGCUGGAGUGCUUAUGUCCCAGAGGGCCUGCUGACUUCCUGUACGUGGGACUACAUGACCUUCACCCCGUCAGUGCGAGCGUACACCAUGCUGCUCUGCAUCUUCGUCUUCUUCUUGCCGCUCUUCAUCAUCAUCUACUGCUAUGUUUUCAUCUUCCGCGCCAUCCGCAACACCAACCAGGCUGUGGGCAAAAUGAACGGCAGCAUUCACGGUCAAGGCAGCUCACGUGACUCUGUGAAGAACUUCCACCGUCUGCAGAACGAGUGGAAGAUGGCCAAGAUCGCUCUGAUCGUCAUCCUGCUCUACGUCAUCUCCUGGUCACCAUAUUCCAGUGUUGCUCUCACCGCCUUUGCUGGGUAUGCAGACAUGUUGACCCCCUACAUGAACUCUGUGCCUGCCGUCAUCGCCAAGGCUUCAGCCAUCCAUAACCCCAUCAUCUACGCCAUCACACACCCAAAAUACAGGUUAGCAUUAGCCAAGUACAUCCCCUGUCUCGGGGUCCUGCUCUGUGUUCAUCCUCGUGACCUCCGCUCCGCCAGCAGCAGCUUCAUGUCAACACGUCGCUCCACUGUAACGAGCCAGACCUCCGACAUCAGCAGCCAGUUCAGGAGGCAGAGCAACAACAAGUCCCGCCUCUCCUCUGCCUCUGAUAGUGAAUCAGGUAUGACAGACACUGAGGCUGAUCUGCCUAGUAUGGGCUCCAGACCUGCCAGCCGUCAGGUUUCCUGUGACAUCAGCAGAGACACGGCUGAGCUCGACUUCAAACCCUCCUCCAGCUUCAAGUCAAAGAUAAAGAGCCAUGACUCGGGCAUCUUUGAAAAGACAUCUUAUGACACAGAUUUCUCCAUUGUUGGAGUCAGUGAACGCGGCAGCAUCCCUAAUAGCGGGGACUUUGGAGAAGCACAUAUGAUGAGGGGCGCAAUCGGUCGAAUCCCAAGCAUCGUCAUCACCUCUGAGACCAGCCCCUUCCUCCCCAAUGGACGGAAAGGUUCCAAGACAGCCUACAACAACACAAAGGGGGGGUCUGGAUAGAAACCCCUCCCCCUUCCAGCUGAUCACCUGCAGCCAUGUGACCAUCUUAUGGAGUGACUGAUUUAGAAAUAGUUUUCUUCUAAAACUCAGAAACAAAAAUGCCAUUAGAGAAUGUCAUUGCAUUUGAAAUUUAAACAUCAUACUGUAUACUGUCCUGUUUCAAAUUAGUGCACUGAGUGUAAAGCAGGUUAUUCCUUAAAAUGCAGUGAGUCAUUGGUAAAAGUUAAAAAAAUCACCUGAUAUUAUUGAUUUACAAAAAAAAGAUGAUUUAGUCCAGACAAGAGAUGUAACAAGUCCAAUAGGUACAAAACACCUGUGUGACAGUGUAAUCACUUUUAGACAUGGAAUCAGAAGACCGUAUAAUAUGUGAUGUUUCUGAAUAGUGAUGCAGCCAAACAAUCAUCUGUGUGGACUUCUGCGGCUCCUGCCUUUUUCCCUGAGUCAGAUGCAAACAGAUACCAGGUUUUAAAUUUGUCCCUUAUUGUUGUGUUUUUUACAUCAUGUGACUUCCUCUGAGACAGCAAACCAUCCUAAGCCUGGCAGAGCUUUUUUUUUUUUUCGAGGGACAGUAAAGUAUUGAUAUGUAUUGGACACACAAUGCGACUUUUAUACAAAAGCUGUGUUGCUGUUUGUGUUUUUUUGUCGUGUGUUGCUUCUUAUUAUUUUUGCUGUGAUUUCCAACUUAGUCUUCUGCAGAAAUCAUAUGGCACAAAGUUUUACUGGUUCACAGCGAGUCAACUGAGACAUUGCAUAAGUUGCAAGUUAAAACAAAAAAGGCCUGCCAAUUGACAGCUGUAAAAACCCCUCUAUAAAACUAAACCUACAAGAACAGGAGUUCAAGGAAUGCAUUGUGUGUUUCUCUUAUCAAGCAAAAGCUGAUGGCUAGCUUACAGUAACCUUUACCCUCCAAUACUUCUAAGCCAUGUACAUUUUAUCCUAGAUUUUAGUGUUUCGUUACAAAUGAUCUAUUAAUUUCUGUGUUGGUGAACUUCCAGGAGUGAAGGCAAACAUUAGCGGAUUCAUCCUGUUUUGUGAGAUCAAGGGGUGUUUAUUUUUCAGCUAUCCAAACCAAACUCAUUAUCCAAGAAAGCAUUCUGUUUGACACAGCUUCAGUUCUUGUAAUAAAAGCAUAAAAUCAAUUCAUCUAUUAAUUUAUACAAACAAUAUGGUAUAAAUCUAACCUGUCUCACUUGUUUGUAUAAGCGUAGCAGAAAGAAAGUUAUGCAGUUCCAAUUUCACACAUGACUUCAUGUAAUUUGCAGACAAUCAGGUCCUUACAAUGUCCAAACUUUUCAAACAUCCAGACGUUUUUUUAACAUGUAGCCCACCCAGAUAGUUCAUGGAUAUUUGCAGGACUGCAGUGCAUGUGGGAAAGGGACUUAAGAAAGGACAAACCGCAAACUCUGCUUAGGAACGUUAAUGAAAUGUACUUUGUUGUUUACCCAUUAAUCCUAUCGUCAUUGACUCACCAGUGCUAGAUCCAAGAGCUAAGGUAUGAAGUCGUUGUAAAGUAACUGUGUCAUAUUUUGAGGAUUCCUCUGUUGGUCGUAGGAAAUAUACUUCAACCUCACAGUUUCCCUCUUCUUCCAGUUUUUAGUGCUGUGCUAGGCCAAUUACAUUCAUCAGUAUGCCUGAACUGUAUACACAGAGAAACAUUUAAUUUCCACAGCAUUUACAUUUUCAAUUAUGUCAGGUUAUGAAAAAAAUUUAUAGGAUCUUAAAUGUCAGACUGAAAUGAAUUCAAUGCUCCCUCUCUCAUUUAACCCUGAAAGCCGCGAGGCCUGCAACAGCACUUUUACAAAGAAACAAGUUUUGGUUUUGUUUGGUUUUGAAGAGAUUUCCUGCUUUUAGGUGUUUUCAGUUUGGGUUUUUCAUUUGUUUGUGUUUCUUUUUUUUGACUGCAUAUUUAAAGUGUAUAUUUUGCUGAAGGGUAGUGUAGUGAAAUGUGACAAUGAUGUUGUUUGUGUUUGUAAGGGGGGUAUAAAGGGACAUGGAUGUUGAUUGUAAUCCAGCGCUUGAGAAGCCAAUCUAACCUGUUGGUCUGUGAGAAGUGUUCUGUACCUUUCUCAAGAGUCCUGAAUGCUCUUUUACAAUAAUACAAAUAUGACAUCUCGUGACAGGUUUUCCAUGCUGGGAGGAAAGUUUCCAUCAUUUCUACCAAGAUAAAAAAUGGAAGGCAACUUGAAAAGAGAUUAGGAUUAGAAACUAAGAUAACCACUGCAGCAGCUCAACUGAACCAAACUUUUCUUUUAUCCAGUUUAACUGAGCCAUUAGCCAAGUUGAACUAAGCUGAAUAGAUGGUGAGCUAAACCAUUAGCUAAACUUUAUUUAUGUGUAACGAUUGAAACUAUGCUUAAUUGUUAGCUAGCAUCUAUCAAAUGUCAUAGUAGCUGAGCAAAACUAUACCAAAGUGUUUUUGGAUGAAUUAGCCUUUAGAUGGCAUCAAAUUGGUAUCCUGACUAAUUUGAAGGAUUCCCUAAAGCUUACUUAGAUGCUACCCGAAACUGUCAGAUGUUAACUGAAUAAUUAGAGAAAUGAAACUAUGCUAAAUGAUAGCUAACAUUUAUCAACAUGUUCUAGGAGCCAAACUAGUCAUAUCAAAACUUGAGACCAAAAAGUUAUGCUAAACUAAAACUAGUAGAUCAGGCCAUCAGGCCUUCUUUAGCCAAAUUUUUUUUGUCAGCUUUAAUUUAAACUGAACCAAAGCAUUUCAGUUGCUAAUCCAAACUUUACCUAACUUGAAUCCAGUUGUCAGAUGACCCAGUAAAAAAAACAUUCAUGCUACUUUAACAGCUGAGUUUUUGUUAAUAGUUCUUCCUGGCAUCCAAAUGUACAAUAGAAAAGGGCAGCAGUAAAACACAGUGCAUCGCUGCAGUGUUGAAUGAACAGUUAUGGUACUGAAUAGAAAUGCAGGUGUUUGUAUUAUUCAUCUUUGUGUAUUGAAGUGACUUUUCAGAAAGACUGGUGUUUGAAAAUAAGAAGUUGAUUUACUGUAGAUUUGUUAUUUCAGUGUAUCUUUUAUUUAUUUUUCUAAAUAAAGUUCUUCUAUUC